AGGAGAACCAAUAGAGGGGUAGAACGUAAAUUCAAUAUGGCGUCAGCACACCAGAUGGUGUUAGUUGGCAGUGUAUAUGGAUAGAAAGAUCGAAGUAGGACAGAACGGUCCAGAAGUGUAUCAGUAGCAUGUUGUCUGUGUCGGUGGCUGAUCGAGUACGUUUCAAAAGUAAGAAAGGAGACAUCAUCACAGCUCUUCCCGUUACAGUAGAAUUUGGGAAGUUUGUUAAAGGAGACAGAACGUCACGUCUUGCCAAUUUAGACGAGUGGAAUAAAUUAAAUUUAGGAGGUUUCGAUUCUGAUCAGGUAACGUCUCCUACUGAUUUACUACACGCAGUAGUAGCACUUUACGAUACGUGUCUACCGGACUUAACGGCUCAAGUUCUGUAUAGGAUCGUUUGUGUGGAAGGAGCAAGGACACUUUUUCUUCUUCGAGAAACUUCAGAAAUUCUCAAGGAAUGGGAAAAUCAGAUAAUUAGUAGUCCAAGCUUUCGUUCUAGAGAAGAUUCUAUAGGAGAAAUCAACAACAAUCCUGAUACAGCACAAGAUGAUAGAAGAAUUCCCGAUAAUAACGUGACAAAUACUCAAUACCAGAAUAGAUCUUCAACAUCCACUCCUAAAAAUCAUACAGGAGAUGAUGAUCGGAGUAACUGUGCCAUUUCUCCAAUUCAGGAUGAUUGGAAACUAUGGACAUCGAGAAAUAGAAAAAGUGAGGAAUGUGCUAUUGAAAGAAACGUCUUCCAGAAUAGAAACAAUAUGAUUUCAGUUCCACGUAGUGAUAGUGGAAAAACAGACGGAAAUUCACACACAGAAUCGCCUUUUUCUGAUAUUUUUAGUGAUUCUGUUGAUACCGGAUCCGAAAGUGAUAUGGAAGAAGACGACUACCACGAUGACUUUUCUAGGGGGUUAGAAACAUUCCUUAGAUCAGUCGUCACUAGAAGAAAAGAAUCUCGAAUAGCCCAAGAAACUUACAGCCUCUUGCCUUCUCAUGUUGGAAUUGAACACAAAUUAAUAGCUUCAGCUACUUUCCAUAAAAAUUAUAAAAUUCCUGGCGUAAAAGUUGUCAAUUUGUCAUUAUUGACCGUCCGUAAACGUUACAGAAAAUGUGGCAUUGGAAGAUAUUUUCUGAAGAAACUAAAAAAUCCCUCACAAGUUGGUCCAUAUGAUGCAUUAGUUGUUCAAGCAAAAAAUUACUCGCAAAAUUUCUUUAAAAAGAACGAUUUCACGGAUGAUAUCAUUUUAUGUAGUCGAUUCUGUGAUUUAGAAGAAAGAAGAGAAAAUACUACUAUUUUAUGUUAUUUACCACCUUUCGAUGGACAUUAUCCACCACUUCCUGGUGUGUAUGACUGGGAUAAACCUGAAUCUCUGACUGCUAUGCAGGAUGAAAUUGAAAAAUGGAGACAGAAGAGUUUGGAAUCUUAUCAGUCACAUUUUACGUGUUUAACUCGUCUUCAACAGGAAGUUCUGAGACUACACAAUCUAUUAAGGCGACAAGAAACAACUAUAACAUUUCUUAAAAAAGAAAAUUACAUACUUCAGGCAAGAUUAUCAAGAGUGGAAAGAAAGUCAGUCCAUAGCCUGAUAGAAACAUUUGAAAAAGAUGAAGAAGAGUUCCAACGUUUAUGUUCAUUAACAUUAAAAACGACUUGAUUCUAUACAAAAAAAAUAUAUUUUUUUUCCUCGAAAUUUAAUAUAUUUUAUGUAUGUUGGUUACCUUAAUGAUUCGAUCGAUCAGUGAUAAAGUAUCGAGUGGUUGUACUUUAAAUACUUUAUAUACCGUUUAUUUGGAGUGUAUUUUAUCUUAAUUAUGCCUCAAAUUGAUGUGGGCCAACUUAUAAAAAUUUUAAACUGAGCCUUAAUAAUUGUAUAUAAAGAAGAGCUUCAGAAUCUAUUAUAAAAUAUGUAUCUAAACACGUGUGUAAUUAUUAAAUGGAAAUAAUUUUUUAAAAUAAAUUUUAAACGUCUAAAUUGGAAGAUAAAUUAUGGAAUAUUUUAAAAAUAUAAUUAUAAUAAUGAAUUAUUCAACUUAUAACUUUGUCAUUGUACACGCU